AUGGAAAAAGAAUACGACUACGGACUGCAGCGGGAGUACGAUGGCAAGAAAAGUGAUCAUCGCUGCUGCCCGACUUCAGCUGCCAUCCUGGAUUGCCGUAGCCGAAAUAGCCCGCGAGGCAUCGGGUCCUCGUCGUUGGGCGGUGUGGCGUACGCUGCCCAUCCUCGUCUAUGUCAAGUUUGGUUCGUAAGAGACAUCUGCGGGAUUAUUUGUGCUGUAAUGACUUGGCUAUUGAUCCUAUACGCGCAGUGCGUCGUCCUUAUCAUUAUUAUCAGUCCUAUCUUUAACACGUUGUUCGGCGUCGUUAACCUCGUUGUGUUCGAAUCACUGUGUUUCCUAGCGUGUGCUUCGCAUAUUCGCACUAUGGUGACAGAUCCCGGCGUAGUACCGCAGGGCACCGCCACCCGGGAGGCUGUCGACAGCCUCGGCCUUCGCGAGAAUCAGGUUGUUUACAAAUGUCCAAAGUGUUGCUGCAUUAAACCGGAGCGGGCUCACCAUUGUUCUGUGUGUAAUCGUUGCGUGCGCAAGAUGGAUCAUCACUGUCCUUGGGUGAACAAUUGCAUCGGGGAGAACAAUCAGAAAUUUUUCGUUUUGUUCACAUUAUACAUUACUUUGGUAUCAAGCCAUUCGCUGUUCCUCGCGAUUCAGCACUUCGUUAGUUGCGUCAACGAGGAGUGGCGUCUGUGCUCACAACAGGGCUCGCCAGCAGCUACUGUCAUCCUGCUGAUUCUUCUUAUAUUUGAAGCUCUCUUGUUUGCUAUUUUUACGAUGGUGAUGUUCGGCUCUCAAAUUCAGGCAAUCUUAAGUGAUGAGACCGGUAUCGAACAGCUGAAGAAGGAGGCAAUCCGUUGGCGUCGUCGUACAGCAUGGUCGAGCUUUCGGGCCGUGUUUGGUCGAUUCAGUCUAGCCUGGUUUUCACCGUUCACAUCCGUCCGAUUGCAUGAAAUUGCGCCAGCACGAUGCAUGUACGCUGUAUAGAGAGCCAUCGUAAUGCUCGAUCUCACUGCCUGAAAAAAGCCAACCACAGCCACCAAAUUACAGCCACAAUCAUAGUCUCUGUUAAAAAUACUAAUGAUUAGUAAAUAGGGAUGGCAUAUUUGAAUAAAUUCAUUCAUUAGAUAAAAAGUGAGAAAACGGCGGACGCCUAGUGACAUAGUCACCACCUCUAACCAUAAAAAACGCAACUCUGUGUUCUAGCAGUAAAAUAUUAGGAAAAACGACUGUAAUUCUAUUGGAAAACGAUUUUUUGUGGUCCGCUACGCCUCUCUUCUUCAAAACCUUUAUAUAACACAUAGGGUACCUUUUUGACAUUACGGCGUGACACUUACGCCUCGCAGCAGCCUAUAUCCGAAUAUUUAACUUUCUUCGUUCACGCAGGUUAUGUGAAUUUAGAAAGGCUGUAUGUCUAAAUGUUAUUACCCCCUUUUUCUUGAGACAGUAACACCAGGAAGUCACUGAUUGAAUCGAAUAGUUAGGAGGCGCUUAUCCACCAUACUGUAUUAAAAUGAAAGAAGAGUGGGAAGCAUAAUUAAGUGCUACUUCAACAUCAACCCUAUAGAGUGUGGUACGGUAGAUAAAUGUAUACUACUGGCCUUUUUGGUGUUUUGCUAUAUUGAAUCCAUGAGACCGACGACGAGAACGACACGUCCUGAAGGAUCACAUAAGAGACGAUCAUGGCAGAAGGAUAGUGGAAAUACUACUUAUAUCGUCUACUAGUUGUAAUACUGGGACACUGCGCGGUAUCUUGUGACUGUCAUACGUUCAACGGCUGCCUUCCGACUUCAGGGGAACAAGCACUUCUAGCGGGGUUAUAAGAGAGUGCACGAAUAUGAUUAUGUAAAUGUAAAAGAGCAUAGCAACAGCUAUAAUUGACGCAAAAUAUAUAGGACAAUUAUUAAUGGCCACUUCAGAGAUAUGUCUGUAGUAUACAUAAAAACCAAGUGACGAUUAGAGCCAGAAAAACGUGGUGGAGUUGGUAGAAGCCAAGAGAAAACGUGUCUGGCGAAUUGGGUAACCUCUGAGUAAUGAACACGUUUGUUUGCUAAAACCGAUAUACUGUAGGCUACCUAUUCUGUGAUGUACCACGCGAUGUACUCCUUAGGGCUGUCGCAAAACUAUAUAGAUGAAAAAUUUAUAUACACAGAAUAAAUUAUU